AUGUCAGGCCUGGUCUUCUGCUUUGCUUUCUUUCUUCCACCGCUGCACUCCGCCUAUGGAGACGUGAGCUAUUCUUUUCCGGAGGAGAUGAAACGAGGAUCUGUUAUUGGAAAUAUAGCCAAGGAUCUCGGGCUGGAGGCGAGCAGACUUUCCGCUCGUAAGGCCCGUAUUGAUACUGAAGGAAACCGCAAACGGUAUUGUGACAUUAAUCUGAGUACCGGGGAUUUGAUUGUUGCGGAGAGGAUUGACAGAGAGGGGCUUUGUGGAGAAAAGGUUUUAUGCAUACUAAAAUUCGAAUUGGUCCUAGAGAGUCCACUUGAGUUGCAUCAUAUUUCACUUCAUAUCCAAGAUAUAAACGAUAAUUCACCCAUAUUUCCCAAGGAUUUAAUUAAGGUAGAAAUCAGAGAAUCCGCUGUGAAAGGAGCUCGCUAUCGUGUAAACGCAGCUCACGACGCAGAUAUUGGACAAAACGCAGUGCAAAACUACGUACUACAAAGGAAUAAUAAUUUUGUUUUGGGUUUGCAAACGAAUAAUGCUGGUAUUAAAUACGGUGAGUUAGUUCUGGACAAAGAUUUAGACCGCGAGGAGCAGCAGGAGUUGAAACUGUUGAUGACAGCUGUAGACGGAGGCACUCCGCAGAGAUCAGGUACUGUAGUCAUACACGUCACUGUACUUGAUGCUAACGAUAACGCCCCAGUGUUUAGCCAGGCCGUCUAUAAAGCCAGUCUGCCUGAAAACUCUCCUUUAGAUACUGUAGUGGUUACAGUGACUGCUACGGAUGCAGAUGAGGGGGUGAAUGGGGAAGUGACGUAUGAAUUUAGUCGAGUAUCUGAAACAGCAAGGAAUGUAUUUACUAUGGACCAGAAUACAGGAGAAAUUAGAGUGACAGGAGAAAUAGAUUAUGAAGAAGAGACACAAUUUGAACUUUUUAUUGAAGGGAAAGAUGGCUUUGGUCUUUCGUCGGACAGUAAAGUUAUUAUAGAUAUUACAGACAUAAAUGACAAUGCCCCUGAGCUAUAUCUAAAAUCUCUGACUCACUCCAUACCUGAGAACGCGUCACCUGGCACCGAGGUGGGCAUCAUUAACGUGCAGGAUAGAGACUCUGAGAAUAACCGACAGGUCCGCUGUUCCAUUCAGCAAAACAUUCCUUUUAAGCUGGUGCCAUCCAUCAAAAACUAUUAUUCUCUGGUGACCACGGGCGAACUGGACCGGGAACUAGUGUCUGAUUACAACAUUACAAUCACUGCCACCGACGAGGGCUCUCCACCUCUGUCCUCCUCCAAAAGUGUUCAGUUAUCUGUAGCUGACGUCAACGACAACCCACCUGUGUUUGAGGAACAGUCCUAUAAAGCCCACGUGACUGAAAAUAACAAACCUGGUUCUUCCGUGUGUUCCGUUACUGCACGAGACCCAGACUGGAGACAGAACGGUACAGUGAUUUAUUCUCUCUUACCUGGUGAGGUGAACGGUGUCCCGGUGUCCUCGUUUUUAUCCGUUAACGGAGACACGGGGGUGAUCCACGCUGUGAGGUCGUUUGAUUAUGAGCAGUUCAGGAGUUUUAAAGUCCACGUGGUGGCCAGAGACAACGGUUCUCCUCCGCUCAGCAGCAACGUCACGGUCAGUGUGUUCAUAACGGAUGUGAAUGACAACUCUCCUCAGAUACUAUACCCCGCCCCGGAGGGAAACUCCUUCAUGACGGAGCUGGUACCCAAAGCUGCGCACGGGGGCUCUCUGGUUUCCAAGGUGAUUGCGGUGGACGCGGACUCCGGGCAGAACGCCUGGCUGUCCUAUCAUGUGGUCAAAUCCACUGAUCCGGGACUUUUCACUAUUGGUCUCCACAGCGGAGAGAUCAGGACACAGCGGGACAUUUCUGAAUCUGACAGCAUGAAACAGAACCUCAUUGUGUCAGUGAAAGAUAACGGACAGCCCUCUCUCUCUGCCACCUGUAGCAUGUAUUUGGUGAUUUCUGAUAACUUGGCUGAAAUGCCAGAACUGAAAGAUGUCUCUUAUGAUGAUAACAAUUCCAAACUCACCUCUUAUCUGAUCAUCGCGCUGGUGUCCGUCUCCACCUUUUUCCUCACCUUCAUUAUUGUCAUCCUGGCCGUGAGGUUUUGCCGCAGGAGAAAGCCCCGACUGUUGUUUGACGGAGCGGUCGCCAUCCCCAGUGCGUAUCUCCCUCCCAACUACGCAGAGGUGGAUGGCGCGGGAACUCUCCGCAGCACAUACAAUUAUGACGCAUACCUAACGACGGGAUCGCGCACAAGUGACUUCAAGUUUGUUACAUCUUACAAUGACAACACCAUGCCCUUGGACCAGACACUGAGAAAAACUACAACUGAAUUUGCUGAAGACUUUCGCGAUUCCGAGGGAUCCCCAGAGCUGCAGGACGACGCAGUCCGGGCGGCGAAGGUGGAAUUCACGGAUGAAGUUGGGAUCCAGAAUGUCCUCCACGGGAACCCAACACCACUCCUCUGGGUCAUAACCCUCCCGGUCCAACAGAUACUGGAGCCGAACCCCAUGACGUCAGGAGUCCAGUAG